AUGUGUGUGGUUCGUUGCAAGAGAUGCGGAAGAGAAUAGAGACAGAGGGGUCCAGUAUAUAUAUAGCGUAGGCGCCAUUGCUAGGUUUUCCCGCUAAAACGUGUGUUUUUCCCGGCAAAAUUCCGAGAGCUUUCGAUUUCAUAAAUAAUAAAAAAAAAGUCCCAAGAGAAAGGAAUUUGGUUUGGUUAUCAUGGACGAAUCAUUCACUCCAGCACCACCACCUCCUCCAAUGUCCUUUUCUCGGCACGAUCACGUCCAACGAAUGAUAAACUCGAAGCGCUACAAGUCACCUUCGAAAACAAUAUACUCCGACAGGUUCAUUCCGAGCAGAUCCGGUUCCAAUUUCGAUCUCUUCAAUCUACCUUCGCCGUCGUCGUCAGAGGACAGUUGCAGUUGCAGCCCCUACAGCACCGCGCUGCGGAAGGCCUUGUUCGGACCAGACACUCCCGAUAAAUUUGAAAGCCCUAAUAUAUUCCGUUACAAAACGGAGACUCGAAAGUCUAUGUAUUCUCUCUCACCCACCCCUUUUACUUCCCAGGAUGAUCUUCUCCCUGGUUAUGACAACAAUCAUAAACCUCCCAAGCGUCCUCGCAAGAUUCCUCCCUCCUCUUUUAAGGUUUUGGACGCCCCUGCGCUGCAAGACGAUUUUUAUCUGAAUCUCGUGGAUUGGUCAUCCAACAAUAUCUUGGCUGUGGCUCUGGAGAACUCUGUUUAUUUGUGGAAUGCUUCUAGCAGCAAGGUAACUAAAUUAUGCGAUUUGGGGAUUGAUGAUUCAGUUUGUUCAGUUGGCUGGGCUCCACUUGGUACCUACCUGUCUGUUGGAUCAAACAGUGGUAAAGUCCAGAUUUGGGAUGUAUCUCAAGGCAAGUCAAUAAGAACUAUGGAGGGUCAUCGUUUACGUGUUGGGGCCUUGGCUUGGAGUUCCUCUCUUUUGUCUUCUGGUGGCCGGGAUAAAAGCAUUUAUCAACGAGAUAUACGUGCGCAGGAGGAUUUUGUCAGUAAACUGUCUGGGCACAAGUCAGAGGUUUGUGGACUGAAGUGGUCUUAUGACAACCGUGAGCUAGCAUCUGGAGGAAAUGACAACAGGUUGCUUGUUUGGAAUCAAAAGUCAACCCAGCCCGUUCUGAAGUUCUGUGAGCAUACAGCAGCUGUUAAAGCUAUUGCAUGGUCUCCUCAUGUAAAUGGACUUCUUGCAUCUGGAGGAGGAACUGUGGACCGAAACAUUCGCUUUUGGAAUACAACCACAAACUCACAGUUAAACUGUAUCGACACUGGUAGUCAGGUUUGUAACCUUGUUUGGUCUAAAAAUGUGAAUGAACUCGUAAGCACACAUGGUUACUCCCAGAACCAGAUAAUAGUUUGGAAAUAUCCCACCAUGUCAAAGCUAGCAACACUUACAGGCCAUACUUACAGAGUUCUUUAUCUUGCCAUAUCUCCUGACGGGCAGACUAUCGUCACUGGAGCUGGAGAUGAAACUCUUAGGUUCUGGAAUGUAUUCCCUUCGCGGAAAUCACAGAAUACUGAGAGUGAAAUUGGAGCUUCAUCUUUUGGCAGAACUAUCAUCAGAUGACUCUAGCCAAUAUUUUUUUGACCCCCACAUAUGUGGCUGAAAGAAAUUUCAGAACAAGAAACUGUGGGGAAAAUUUUGUAUAUGCAAAAGUCAUUACCAUGUUUCUUUAUAAUUGAGGACGUCUUACGGGUGCUAUGAAUGUACAAUAUAGCUGCCGGGGAAAUCCAUGUCCUUCACUUGUUAUUUCGUCGAGCUUUGAUAUGUACAUGUCGAGGGAGUUGAAGUCAACUUUGGUUUUCUUCCAUUGUUCUUUUCAGUAAUGCGCCUUGCAUUAUAUUUAGGUGAAUUUAAGAUUGCAUAGAAACAUCUUUUACAUGUAAUGAAAUAGCAUUUGUAUAUAAAUACUUUAUCGGGAUGGUGUUAAUUUAUAAGUGCAAGUUUGGUGUCCCCUAAAAA